AUGAGUGAAACUUUAAGAAAUGUAGGUGUCGUUUAUGGCGCAAGAGGAGAAAUCUUUGAUGCUAGGAGAAAACAAUCCCUUGAAGAAUUCAUUAAACAUACAUUUGGAAUUGAUAAUGUUUUUGAAGAUAAAUUAGUUAUGGGUCGCUGUAUCUGUCAUGGCAAGAAGGAUUUAGAGACUGAUAUUUUGCUUUCGAAUCAACAAGAUACUGAAAAAUUUAUGUUUUCCAAAGAGUCUACAAAGCCUCAUAUCGUUUUAAUCUAUGAUAAACCCAGUGUACCAGCAGCACCUGAACCUGAACCUCAGAAUGAUGUUCUUGUAAGCGCAAAACAAUGGGAGGAACUUGUGGGCUCUGUCAAAAAACUACAGUUGUCAGUAGAUACCCAACACAAUAAACCUAUUGCAACUCCAACAGUUCCAACACCGGCAGUUGCAGCUCCAGCAGUCGCACUACCAACAGGUCCUGUACAUGAAGCUGUCUUUUGUGACGUGUGCUACCCAGAAUACGAUACAUCUGCUAAACCUAUUGUAGGUCCUCGUUUCAAAUGUUUGGAUUGUAAUAAUUUUGAUCUAUGUUCAUCCUGUGAGGCUAAGGGCGUGGAGGCAAAUUCUCAUAGACGUCACCAUAAUAUGGCCAAGAUCAAUACUCCCCUGAGAAAGGGUACUCACCUUGAUACCACAGGAUUAAGUUCCAUGACUUUAAACGACAAGGAAGUCAUUGUGGAUAUUCCUGAACAUGAAAAGGAUAUCUUUGAAAUGUUUUCCAGCGUGGAGGCAGUGCGUGAAGUAGUUCGUGGUUACAGGGCAUACUGUGCACAUCAGGCAAAGGCUGCUUCUAGUGAAAAACCGAGAUCUAGACAUGAAUUUGCUUCACUGGAGAUCACAGUAUCUCACAGGGACGAUUUGUUAACUUUUGAUAUCUACAACAAUGGAAGACGUGCUUUACCCGGUGAUUGUACUCUAGUUCUUGCAACAUGCGAUUCAUCAACCUCAGGGUCUAGACCUACAGUUGAAAGUUAUCUAGGACCUCAUGAAUUGAGACCAGGUAACAGGAAAUUGUUCCACAAGAAGAUUUCUCGUGGCUCGGUCAUAGAAUGUGCUCGUAUUGAUAUAUUGGACGGGAAGAACAAAGAAGAAGUUCUGUACACAGGAUCCAGCUCGUGGUUAUUGGAUACUUCUAUCAAAUUAAAGCCACCUCGGUUGUCAAAGUCUCCUUCACCAUCGCCAACGGCAACAUUAACUCCGUCAGCAGCGCCGGAAGAUCAAAGUAGCUGCAAGCCAUUGUCUUCGCUGGCUAAAGAAGACGAAGGCGUUAUAAGCUCUUCAAUGACCAAUGACGAGUACAGUCUGUGUUCAGACUCGGGCAGCGAUACUAACUGGGAGGAGUACGAUUUUUUGAGCGAGGACGAUGUGUAA